AAGAAGUGAGCCUUUUUAAAAAAGAAAAUAUCCACAUGUAAGCCCAUGUGGAUAUUUUCAAAAAAGAAAAUAUAUACUUCUUUUAUAGUAUAAAAGAAGUGAGCCUUUUCAAAAAAAAGAAGUGAGCCUUUUUUUGUUAAAAGGUCCAUAUUUUAAAUGUGAACAUUGGGAUCAUAUGACCCCAAGCUACAAUCACAAACACACCAAACAAGAACAACCUAUGGGAACACCACCCUUCACCAAACACAUGAACAAAGAAGACAUUAUUACUACUCCUCUCACUAUAACAACAACACAAACAUGGCACAAGAGUGGGAGUUGUCCCAAAGGAACCAUUCCCCUUAGAGUUGGACAAAACAAGAGAAAUCAAGUGGAAAAUGUUAGAAAGAAGAAGCCUCCCAUACAUUAUCAUCACCACCAUGAAUUGAAUCAAAAUGAAGAUGACAAGUUAUUACUCUUGCACCCAAACCGAUCGUUGGCAAUGUUACACACAGAAGGGAUGAGUUACUUGGGAGCAAAAGGAGACAUUAAAGUUUGGAAUCCUCACGUUGAAAAAGAAGAUUACAGCACUUCUCAUGUCACACUCGCUGGUGGGCCUUAUUAUGAUUAUGAACUGGUCCAGUCUGGCUGGGCCGUCAACCCGGCUCUCUAUGGGGAUACCCAAACCCGAUAUUUCACAUAUUGGACGGACCCAUACACGGGCAACUGGUGGCUACAAUACGGAGACGCAAUAAACAUCGGGUAUUGGCCCAGGGAGCUAUUCGGCGUUUUAGGGCAGCACGCCGAGACAGUCCAGUGGGGCGGCGAGGUCUACAGCGGCCACUUGGGCGACCGGCGGCCGCACACGACGACGGAGAUGGGCAGCGGAGACUUCCCGGAGAUCAUAUUCGGGACGUCGGGGUCGGUGAAGAGGAUGAGGAUCCUCGGGAACUCGCUGGACCUGACCGUGCCGGAUUGGGCCUACCCGUACGCCGACGAGUACAAGUGCUAUGAUUCUUAUUACUUCACCGAUUAUGUUCCGGAGCCCGAGUUUUACUAUGGAGGUCCGGGCAGGUGCCCCAUUUGCCCCUAGCUUAAUUAAGGCUUUGUUUGUUG